CACGUCGCCUUUCAACUCUACGAGCGAAGCUGCUCGUUGAAUUCCCUCAAGUACGACGGCAUUUUCAGGCGGAUCAGACUCUCAUAAACUGCCUCAUGAAGACCACUUCAACUCGAAUACGUAGGACCGCCCUGGCAGUAAAUAUGUAUAACCAGCUUGACACUCUGGCUUCAGUUCUGAGCUGUGACUACUCGAGUAUUUUGCUCUGUCCUCGGUCUAUCUCAAUACGGAGUUCCGAUAAGCGAUAAGACACCUCACCACAGCUAAUCUCUUAUCGCCCACAAACCCCGUGACCGAGCCCCAAUACGCUUACCUAAUCCCACUUUGAAUCAGAAAUUCCGAAAAUCGAAUCGACUCGCUAAGCGAAAAGGGUUUCGUAGCCCUCAUCCCGAUGUUUUCGCCUGUACGGCCGAAUAGGAACAGCCCCAACCAGCCCCAAUCGACGACCCCCCGACAAAUCGACAAUUCCGAAGACGAGUCGAUCUUCAAUAACAUCAAAACUCCUCGAUUCCACCGACUGUCGAGAAGUCCCUUCGUCAAGAUGCCAACUGAAGCAGGUCACCGCCUAUACGUCAAGGGUCGCCACCUGAGCUACCAACGUGGCAAGCGCAUCACUACCCCAGGCACCUCGCUCAUCAAGAUUGAGGGUGUUGAGAACACUGAGGGCGCAAACUUCUACCUCGGAAAGAAGGUCGCUUUCGUGUACCGUGCCCAGCGCGAGGUUAGAGGAUCAAAGAUUAGAGUUAUCUGGGGCAAGAUCACCCGCCCACACGGAAACUCCGGUGUAGUACGCGCACAGUUCAGACGCAACCUCCCACCAAAGUCGUUCGGUGCGUCCGUCAGAGUCAUGUUGUACCCUUCCUCGAUAUAAAGAAAGAAUUUCUGGGAAAUCGGGAGUUGGUAGCAUCAUGGACAGGUGGUUUGUGGUUGUUAUGGUAUGCUGGGGAUUCGGUCACUCUGCAAAAUAGGGCAGGAA